AUGCCCCGUCGAGGCCGAGGUGGCAGGAUGCCCUCAGGGCCUUGGGGAAGAUUGAAGCCCGUCGAGCAAGACCCGUUGCUAGAUAUGGGACUUCCCUCUAAAGGAGACGAUAGGUUGCUUAACCACAAAACCCAGGAAUGGUACUACAACCAAAUCAUUUCACGCUUCCUUGCAUUUUGCACCGAAGCGGGUGAUAAGGACUCAAUCAUACGCAGUUUUGAAGCCCUUGACAUAAGAGCAGUCGAUUCAACCCCUGCCACGCGGUAUACUAAACCUCCACCUGGAUAUGUACCAACAUCAGCAGCAACACCCACGGCUGUAGUGUCAUCAAAGACCUCUUCGACAUCAGCUGCAGAUGCUAUAAGAGUUUGCAAGGUUGCUGAUUUGUCAUCGGACGAUCCUGUCGCUUCACUCACAUCUUCGCUGGCAGGCCCAUUGAAGGCUCUCCGGUCAAUCAUUCCUUCAAGCGGCCCAACCACUGCUAUGCUGGCUGCCAUUGAGGAUCCUGACAACACAAAAUCCUUGCAAGAUGUCCUAAUGGCACUGAGAAAGCUUCGAGAAGGAUUGGUGGCGACCAAGCGAGCUGAUCUCUUUUCCAUACAAGCCUACAUCUUCUCCAUUCGCCUGUCUAUCCUUGCCAAGCAUCCUGAGUCAUAUCACCCAGCGAUUCUGCACCUUCUUCGAUACAUGGCUGUGUGGACUCCGAUGGUCCAAAGCGAAAUUGAAGAAAUUGCUGGCUACUUCAUGCUAGAUGCCGCGUGUCGGCGUAGGGACUUGACGGAGGCGUACUUCAUCAGGCAAGACUUCAACAUCAGAAACACGAAGCUGGAUCACAUACUUAAAGCACUGGCGCAUGACAACUACGUCUCGUGGCAAGCUGUAAAGCAACAAGUCGACCGCCAUUGCCUCAAGUUGAUGGAGUGGGCAGAUGAUGACAUGAGGCUUCACACUCUGAAAUGCUUUGGGAAAUCGUAUCUUCACGUCGACUUGCCUUACUUGGAAUUUUCCGCCGGUCGCAAGUGGAAUGAGUUGAAAGAGAAGGACAAUGUCGGGUGGGAACUGGAAGACGAGAAGGUCACUAUUAAAAGACUAAGAGCGAGAUGA